AUGGUAUUGAAACCGAUUGAAAGUAUACAACCAUUAGAUUCAGAAUCAUUUUGUCAACCAAAAUCAAUACGUAAAUAUUUUGAAUCAUCUUAUCAAACAAUACAUGAGUAUUUUAAAAGGUAUUGGAUUGAAUCAAGUAUUAUUUUACAUGAGGUUAAUAUAUGGUUAUCAAAUAGUACUUGUUUUGAGUUAAUGGCAAUGAUUAUCAUAAUAACAUAUAUUACUGUGUACGUUUGUUUAUUAUUUUCUUGUAAUUCAGGAUAUUUAAAAUGUCAUCCACUAUAUACAUUUGAAAUUACAGAUAAAACAAUCAGUGCUAAAGAUUCUUUAUCAGGUAUUAGAGAAGGAUUAAAAAUGAUAUCAUAUGUUGCCCAAGAUUUAAGUAUUUCUGAUUAUGAUAAUAAAUCUGCUAAUAAUUAUCUUCAACAAAUUGAUACAUUAUCAACUAAUAAUCUAUAUAAAGUUAAUUUUGGAGGAUUUUGUCGAUUUAAUAAAGAUACAAUGAAAGAAACUUGUUUAAGUUCAAAUGGAAUAGAUAUAUUUUCAAGUUUAGUUAAAGAUAUAGGUUAUCAAUUGGGAGAAAUAUCUAAAUCUGAUGAACCUUCUAAAUUAGGUGAUAGCCUCUCGACAACUUAUUCUCAUGCUUUGAAAACUUUAGAUGAUAUUUAUACUAAAUCUAUUAAAAAUGAUACAGGUUAUACAAACUUAGAUACUGAAGCACUUGAGAUUAUUCAUAAUAUUUAUCAAAUGGAAUAUUAUUCAACAGUAUUGAAAAUAGUAUGCCUGGCUAAUCUUAUUCUAGUAUGCCUUUUGGGAUUAUUAUUUAUAGAAUUAUGGAUAUGUCAGUACUUUUCGACUUCUGCUUCAAUAAUGAUUCUUUUAAUAAUCUAUUUAUGUUAUUUAGGUAUAGUUUCUCUCCAGUUGACUUUAGAGAUCAUGUCAGAUUCAUUUCUCUCUAAGAUGAAUUCAGCAUUUGAAAAAUUUGGAAUAGCUGAAAUAGAAGAUAGUGAUAUGAGGGGUUUGUUAUUGCGUACAGUUAAUUUAGUUCAACCUUUUCUUAUUACUUGUACAUCAAUUCAGGAUAAGCUUUUCAGAAGAAGAAGAAGAAGAAUAUAA